AUGAAUCAUCUAGGGCAUGAGGAAGCUAACCUUCGUGUACAGUUGACAUGGCGAUUUCAGGAACAAGGACAUCCGGCACCAGCAGUUGCAGUACAACAGAUGCGGGAUGAUGGGCAUAAUUGGGACCAAAUGCUCCCAAUUACGGAAGAGGUUCGCAAGUUAUGUCGGACUUGCUUGGGCAAUGAUACUAUGAAGAAGGGGUUUCAUCCUUUAAUAAACAUUACCGCUCGGUACCUCUGGGGUCACAUACAAAUGUAUCUCAUUCCUAUGGCGGUCACAUCCACUAAAGGAAACAAAUUCUUUCUACAUGUGCUUGAUGUGGCGUCGGGCUACUCUAGUCUACGGGCGAUACCUGCAACGGAUGCAAAGACAGUGGCGGCAGA